AGUAUCAGUAUGUUUUUCUGUCAUAUCCGAUGUCACAUAACAGAAAAAUUUAUGUAUUUAGAAGAAAAGAAUCUUAAUCCUAUUUGAUUACUUAUCGAAAACAAUUAGGAUCAACUUAAUCUUAUUAAGUGCGGAAAACCUAUAUCAGUUAUAAUUAUUCCUUCUGGAAAUAUGACAAUGGGCGAUGAAACUCCUGUAACAUCGCUGAUAUUUCCUGUUUUAAUACGCCCCAUUCUUUCCCAGUUAGAAAAACAGGACAUAUCAGCUUCCCAAACAUUACGGUCAGCUCUAACCAAAGCUGAAGCUUCCUAUCCUGGUAUAACAUAUGAUCUAGUUGUUGGUAUUAUGAAGAAGGGCGAUGUUGCAGUUAAUAUGAAUGAAAGUAUUUUGAGACUUCAAGGAGGAGUUUCAGACUCUGAUGUCGUAGAAUAUAGACUUAGCAGGUCAGAGGAUGCUUUUCAAGAAUUGAACAAAAAGUCAGCAUCACUUAAAAGGAUACUCAGCAGGAUACCAGAUGAAAUUACGGAUAGAAAAACAUUCCUUGAAACUAUUAAAGAAAUUGCGAGUGCCAUUAAGAAACUAUUGGAUGCUGUGAAUGAAAUUAGUGGUUUCAUUCCUGGCAGUACCGGAAAACAAGCUUUAGAACAGAGAAAAAGGGAAUUUGUGAAAUUUUCCAAGAGGUUCAGUAACACAUUGAAGGAGUAUUUCAAAGAAGGACAUGCCAAUGCAGUGUUCAUUAGUGCCCUCUAUUUAAUUCAUCAAACAAAUAUGAUAAUUGCGACUGUCAAAAGCAAAUGUGAAUAAUUUGGUGCCAAGUGGUUCGAUUUUCUUCUAAUUUAGUAUUGUGCGUUACAUACAAUUUGUUGAAGUAUAUGGAGUAUGGUUAAGGUUAGGUCAUACACAAAGUCUAGGAGGAUUAUACAAAAUGACAAUGUUAUGAUAGUAUUUAAUUAGAUUAUAAAACUAUUUGUAUAUUAUUUGAAAUAAAGAUAUAUUGUUGUACACAACAAAUGUAAUAAUCGAAAAUACAUAUUUUGAAGUUA